AUGAAGUCUGCUGUUGUUCUUGCAGUUUUUCUGACAUUUAGUUGCAGCGAUGCCUUCGGUAUCAACACAGUGUCAUCUCUGAAUGUUACCCAAUAUCUUGGCCGCUGGUACCAGGUAGUUUAACCGAAACCUAAAUGUGUGCUUGAAAGACAAUGUAUCGGCAUAUUUGAGUGCUACGCAGUGUACUGUAGUAUUGGAGAGGAAUUUGAAAAUGCUCAAUUCAAAUUGCUUUCAACAAUAAAUUUUGUUUCUUGCUGGGGACAAAUCUAGUAGAGUCAGUAGAGCUACAAGCACGUACGCUUAUGUAAUACAUGGGUCGCGUCACGAACUGCAAAUAAGUAGAUACCACGCGAUCCGUAGGAUCUAGUGAGAGCUCACAUUCAUUCUGGAGAUAGCAAAUAUCGAUAGAUCAACUUAAGAAAUUGUGUUUCUGUUCUGUCGGGUAAUAUGGGAUGAUUUCAUAUGGAGUGAUUCUUAGCGAGGAUAGGAAUAUUAAUGUCAAUAUUUUAACACGCGUAAAAUCCUAUCUAUUUUGAUACUUAGAAAGAAUUAAUCCGCCUUAGUGGUCGAGUAGCUAAACCGAGGGAAAACUGAAUCAUUCAGAGAAGUUUGAUUGGAUUUGGAAGACAGAGUUUGCGAUGUAUUUAUGUAUAUUAAAUAGCAAUAAACAUUUCAGACUAAGGGGCGGUAUACUAAAGGAGCAUCUUUUCUAUGAAAGAUGAUAUAUAAAAAGAUAGGAGGUUUGGCCUCGCGAUUGAGCCUUCCUAAAUAUUAACAACAACAACAACAACAUAAGCUUUAUUUGCGUGACUAAAAUAUAACUUUAUCAAGUGCCCGGGCCUUCCCCCUUUUCCCUCCCGCAUCUUAUCUUGGCAAGCAACACGGGUCUGGAAACAACCCACAAGAAAAGCGCCUUUGGCGGCUAUAAUUCUCAUAUAGACUCAGAGAAUAGCAAUGAAUAUUGCUACAAGGCAUAUCUGUACUAUGUUUUGUUUUUUGCAGAUGUACUCUGAUGCCGCGGUGAUGGAUACUUUUGAACGUGACGCUGUUUGCGUGACAGCUGAUUGUGAGUAGUAAGCUUGUCGUUAGUCCCUCUCGAGCAUAGUUAAAUAUUUUUUUGUCUUAAUAUUAUGUUAGGAUUUUCUGAACUCAGAGCAAAUAUUCUGUUUGAAUUCGUGGCUCUCACAAUUAAAGCAGAAGCUUCAUAAGCGAAAUGAAGUUGUAACUGACUUCAACUAUCUAUCACGUGAUCCAGUCAGAUCACAUAUAUAGUUUUAACUAUUUAUUUGACCCUUUGUGUCCUAGUAAUAUUGUUGCUUUUGUUUAGAUUCUCUUCGAAAAGACGGCAAGAUCGGUGUUCUGAACAGUGAAAGGCUCAAAACAGAAACUGGUGAAGCAAAGAGAAUAACAGGAUAUGCCUACAUACCCGACCCAAAAGAACCAGGGAAGUUGAAAGUGCACUUGGAAGGAACUCCUUUUGACGCCCCUUGUAAGUAGAAAUUAAGACACGCCUUAUAUUAAGACGUAGCCUGUUCCAGGCGUUCAGAUAGUGGAGCGCGGGAGGAAAAUAGACGAAGAAAAAAAACGAGGGGAGACUAGAGGGGGAAAGGGUGUACAAUGUAACUCUCUCCCAAAUGACCGCCGCGCUCUACUAUCUGAACGCCUGGAACAGGCUAAUUAAAACGUCUUAUCCGCUGCGUAAAGAUGACCUCUCUAAAGACGAAUAAAGUCAACUCCAGCUCCCAUCCUCAUUUAUCGAUCUGUAAUGUAUUAUCAGUAUUGCAUACAGUACAUCCUUGGCUGCCUGUGUGGUCACACCUUGUGUAGCAUUGAAUUGUAAGUUCUUCUUUAACGUGUCUUGAGCCUGUGUAAUCAGAUGUUCUUUUCUCUCAACAGACUGGGUUGUAAAGCUGGGGCCCGCGUCGUUCGGAGAGAAAAAUCUGUAUCAGUACGCUGUCGUCACAGACAACUUUCAGAUUGGCUUGUACGUGCUGGCGAGGGAUGUCAACAACUUCAGAAGCCAGUAUGAUAAAGAAGUAUUAAGCUGGCUGGCGGAAAAUGGCUUCACACAUUUUUACAACAAGCCUGUUGCAACAGUGCAGAACGAAAAAUGUCUCUACCUAGACAAAAAGUCUUUCUAUCAGCCACUCGGAGACUUCCUGAAACAGAAGUAGAUCGCAAUGGUUCCUACUGAACCGAGAGGCAAAGUGGAUACGAAGUGGCGCUUGAAUUCCAAAACGUGGAACGCCCCCCAAAAACUGAAAAAAAUAAUAAAUACUCGAUAUCUAGAUUAAGCAGGCAAUUUUGAUAUUUUAAAAUGUUUGAUUAUUUUUCCCAAAGGAAAUGGAGAGAAUGCUUAAAGCAAUCAUACUUUUAUUAUUUGUAACAAGCUAGUUGAAUAAAAAUUGUCGCUUAUGUACCUAG